AUGAGUUUAGAACCGAUUUAUUCUGAACUUGUCCUUAUCGAUAAACAAUUAAAAGAUUUUCUAGAUGAGCCCGAUCAAAAGAUAAUCGAAGAAUAUAAAAAAACCGUACAAGAUAAAAAUAGACCCAUUACAAAGCAUUCAAGAAAGAAAAAUA